UUUAGACUGAGACUGAGACUGAACAUUGAUCCUUCUUGGUACCCACGGCUUGAAAAUCACUAGACAUAUGGAUCAUGUUUGGUUUCUUGUUUCAGUCUUUAGAUGAACAAACUCCCACGGCUUAAAACAUUAUAAGUCUUUAGACAGAGACUUAUAAUUUUAAACAAUGGAAACUUGGAUAAUAAAUAUACAAGACGAUGUUAAUCUAACCGGAUUUUGGAUCCCGUCAUUGAUUGUUAGCGAUUCCACAAAUUCUACUUGUUUUCGCAUCGUUAUGUAGAUUUAGCAUAGAAGUUUCCGUUGAAAAAAAAUAAAUACAAGAUUCUUAUGUUGGUUGAUGGAAAAUGCUACCCACAGCUUCAAACUUUAGACUGAGACUUGAGAUUGAACAUUGAUCCUUCUUGGUACCGACGGCUUGAAAAUUUAUAGACAUAUGGAUCAUGUUUGGUUUCUUGUUUCAGUCUUUAGAGAAAGAAACAGUUACCACGGAUUAAAAAAGUCUUUAGACAGAGACUUGAGGUUCGAAAUAACCAAUCCUUUAGACAAAAGAUUGGAUUUGGUUAUGUUUGGUUGAAGGGAAAUGGUACCCACGGCUUCAAACUUUAGUCUUUAGUCUGAGGCUUGAGAUUCGAACAUUGAUCCUUCUUGGUACCCACGGCUUGAAAUCAUUAGACAUAUGGAUCAUGUUCGGUUUCUUGUUUUAGUCUUUAGACAAAGAAACACCCACGGCUUAAAACAUUAUAAGUCUUUAGACAGAGACUUAUAAUUUUAAAUAGGCAUGUCAAUCGGGCUAGCCCGGCCCGGCCCGGCCCGAAGCCCGCAAA